GCCCACCAACACAGGCACAAACACCACGGCUGUCACUGUCUAGGUCUGCUGCCGCUGGAGCACAUCUGGGUGUUCGAUGAUGAUGAUGAUGACGGGGAUAAAUAAGGUACAUAGGACGGGUAGGGCUCUGAGGUUUGCUUUGGCUUUUUUUUGCAGGGAGGCGUUCGCGGAGUUAUUUUUGGGUUCGGUCGGCGGGCGGCGGUUGGUAUGUACCGGUAUGAAGCCUUGAAGGCAUGAGCUAGUACCGGUAGUGCUUUGUAGUCGGUCGGUCGACUGUGAAAAAAAAGCGAUGGGGUGUUUGAUCUUGGGGAAAGUUGGGGUAUCUACUGUAGAUAAGGUAUCUUCGCCUGAGGGUUUUGGGUAUUGCCAUGGUACCGGUAGGCAGUACAUAAGGAGGUACUUCUUACUACUUACCGUCCCGAGGCUGACACACAAUGUCGUCAGCUACAUACCGGCAGCCUACAGGUACCUACACACGAGCACAUACGAAGUAAGUACUCUACUCCUACUACUCCAUCGUCAUGCACCACCAUUCCCACCUCUAUCGGAUAUCGCAUCCACGCGGAGACUCUGCCGGAGACUCUACCGGAGACUCUGCCACUCAGAACUCUGGACAGUGAACUCACUGUUUGCACGUGGCAAUGUUUGGUUCGACAGUCUUACCAUCCGGCCAGUGCGUCUGGCCAGCACAUGCGGGAAGAUCGAGGCCUCAACUAGUGAUCUAUCCCAUGGCCCCAUUGGAUGGCCAUUUUUGGGACUUCCACGAUUCUGCUGUGCUCAUCUCAUUGUGCGGGAUGGGAGUGGAAGUUGGGGCUGGAGUGGAGCUGGAGUCUGGAGGUUGGAAAGCCAGUGGUCCAGUGGGCCAGUGGCGGAUAUCGUGACGGAUAUCGUGGCGCCGUGACGUUAAACGGCAGUUUUGCGGGGCUGUACUGGAGUCACUGGACGGGCUGGACUGGCGGGGGAAACAGCU